GAAAGCAGGACCAACACUCUGCAGAAAUCUGAACAUCCUGUAGGAAGAAGCUUCAGCAGCUCCUCAUCACACUUUGAGACUUAAAGCUCCAACAUGAUCUUGCUCCUCUUCUUGUUCGGUCUGGCUCUGGGUGCUCCAUCUGAGUCUCCGUCUGAUGACAAUGAAGUAAAGCUCCAACUUGAUGACCGAGCAGUGAAGCUCCUGAGUGGAAACUGUCCCGCAUUCUGGUGGAGCUUCAACGGCCGCUGCUAUAAGUAUGUAGCUACACCAAUGAGCUGGUCUGAUGCAGAGUUCCACUGUUUGUCACAGGGAGCCAACUUGGUGUCUAUCCACAACAUGGAGGAAGAGAACUUUGUCAGAUCCCUGAUCAGGAACUUUGACCAUGCUCAGAGAGCCAGUUGGAUUGGACUCAGUGACAUCCACAGAGAGGGCAGAUGGAUGUGGUCUGAUGGCUCUGUGGCACGCUUUUUUAACUGGCUUGCAGGCGAGCCAAACAACCAGAAACAAAACGAACACUGUGUGCAAAACAACUUUGGUUCUGUUAAGAAGUGGAAUGACGAACCAUGCUCUCGUGGUUAUCCCUCUGUUUGUGUAAAACGCAAUGCCUGUGUUUAGAAACUAAGACACUAAUUUAACAUUAGACAGUUUACCUGAUGGUAUGUUGGCAUGUAGCGUCCCUCCACAAUAAAUUUAGCAAUGUUAAUAUUAAUAUAUCCUAAUUAAUAUGUUUAUUAAUUAAGCAUAUUAGAAGUACAGAAGUGCAAGGCUGGAGUACUGAAAUUUAAGGACUCUGUAUUAAACAGGUAUUUUCAUCAUG